UUGGGCAAGUGGUGGAUCAUCUGAAUGGGAGCUACUCUGCUGUAUUCUCUUUACUUUGGGAAGGAGACGCACAGGUUGAGGUACCGAGAUGUUUAAAACGUUUUUUUUACCGAUUGUCCGUGAAGCCCCGCCCACCUUUAGUUAGUUCAGAGGAGGGUUUAAGUGAAAGGACAAUUCUCCAGAGAUUAUUGUCUGAGAUUAAUCUGGUUCACGACUUGAAGAUGAACCUUUAAAAGUGUGGUGCUUCAAGUAGUAUUACUGAUAUGACUGAAAAUGAUUGGACUUGGUGAAAACUCUGGUUCUCUGUCCAAUCAGGUGACUCUGGUUCACCCAGGUGAGGCCAUCUCAGUGCUGAACAGGCUGAACAGAGAACAGCCCGACAGGAUUUACUUCAAGAGCCUCUUCCGUUCAGGCUCACUCUCUGAAACCACCCUCUGUGACGUCUGCCUACGGCCAACCCAGCAGCCGCUGUGCAACUACACUGACCUCCGUACAGGAGAGCCGUGGUUCUGCUACAAGCCAAAGAACCUGAGCUGUGAUGCCAGGAUCAACCACUACAUGGGAGGAUCCAAAGAAAACUUCCUCAAUGCUAAUGAUGAGAAGCUCUUUCAAAGGGGUGUUAACUUGAAAGUCUCCAUUCGGGCUUCAGGACCUGCUACUGUCACCGUGUUGCCACAAGGUCAGCUAAAGGUGAAGAGCAGCACUGUGACGUCUGGACCCUCUGGUUAUUACUACCAGGGUGUGUGGCGAGCACUUGGUGGCACCACAGUCUGCGAAUUCAGCGUGUCUGCCAUCAGUCAGUGUCUGAAAGGCAAGGUGGUCCACAUGUAUGGAGACUCCACCGUCAGGCAGUGGUUUGAAUUCCUCAACACAGCUCUACCAGGUCUUAAGGAGUUUGACCUGCACAGCCCGAAGCAAGCUGGACCUUACAUGUCCUUGGACUAUGCAAACAACAUCUUGGUGACGUCCCGCUUCCACGGCCCUCCAAUCCGGAUUGUCGUUGUCUCGACCAGCGAGCUUCGUUACAUUGCUAAUGAGCUAGAUGGCUUAAUCGGAGGCCCCAACAUUGUCGUAGUUUUUGGCAUCUGGGCUCACUUCGGCACUUUCCCCAUGGAGAUCUACAUCAGGAGGCUGCAGAGCAUCCGCAGGGCGGUGGUGCGGCUGCUGGACAGGGCUCCAGACACGCUGGUCGUCAUCCGGACAGGGAACCCCAAAGAUUUAAACCUUUUUGUGUCGCUAACCAACAGCGACUGGCACUCGCUGCAGUGUAACAAGGUCCUCAGAGCCAUGUUCAAAGGACUGAAUGUUCAUCUGAUAGAUGCCUGGGAAAUGACCCUGGCCCACCACCUGCUGCAUAACCUCCACCCACCACCUCCCAUUAUUAAGAAUAUGGUAAACCAUCUAUUGUCUUACAUAUGCCCUCAAUAAGGCAGCUCAAUGUGUUGUGUUUGUUGAGGGAGAGGAGUGGGGGUGCAUUUUUUCGUUCAGCAGUCCAUACUCAGGGUCAAAUUGUUGAUAACUUCUAAAUAAAUACAAAAUAAUGUGCACUGUGCACAUCUUAUAUACACACCAACACAGGAAGAUAAAUAAAAAUGAGUCAAUAUGUCGAUUGCAUUACUUUGUUUCAGUACAGUGGUGUCUACAAAGUUUCUUAAAUUAUUUGAACUGUGAGAACGGGUAUCCUGGCUUUCAGUUUAAGUUUGAAUUUAAUGAGUUUGGAUGCAAGGAUGCACUGUCGACACUUUUCCCUGUCAUGCCAUGGAUAUACUGUCAUCAUCUGAAGUCUUCAUGAUGUGCAUGAACCUUUGUAGAAGGCUUGAUCUCCUCCAUCUCCUCAGACUACAGGUGCAGGAUCUCCUGGGGUCUGGCACUUAUAUGGAGAGGUCACCCACUGCAAGAAGUUAGCCGCAUGGCUUUGAAAGUCCUCUUCAGAUACAUAAGAUGGAGAAAAUGGACCAAAUAUUUGUCAGAACAAGAACCUGCCAUGACAAUGUACAGUGGGUACGGAAAGUAUUCAGAC